ACCACCACCACCGAUCCCAUCACACUACUCCUCCUCCUCCUCCCCCGCCUCCGGCAUGAGCGAGGCGGCGGAGGAGCCGGACUCGCCGCCCACGCACAUGUCCGAGGACUCCAGCUCCUCCGGCGACAGGUGGACCCCGGAUCUGCGGGGCGGCAACGGCGGCGGGCCGCGCUCCGCGCCUCCCGACCAGGUCCUGGAGAACGUGCUCGAGAGCGUGCUCGAGUUCCUCACGGCGGCGCGCGACCGCAACGCGGCGUCGCUCGUCUGCCGCUCCUGGUACCGCGCCGAGGCGCAGACGCGGCGCGAGCUCUUCAUCGGCAACUGCUACGCCGUCUCCCCCGGCCGCGCCGUCCAGCGCUUCGCCGGCGUGCGCGCCGUCGUGCUCAAGGGCAAGCCGCGCUUCGCCGACUUCAGCCUCGUCCCCGAGGGCUGGGGCGCCUACGUGCAGCCGUGGGUGGCGGCGCUGGGCCGCGCAUACCCGCGCCUCGAGCGCAUCUGCCUCAAGCGGAUGACCGUCACCGACGACGACCUCGCGCUCGUCGCGCACUCCUUCCCGCUCUUCAAGGAGCUCUCGCUGGUGUGCUGUGACGGCUUCAGCACCCUCGGCCUCGCCAUCAUCGCCGAGCGGUGCCGGCAUCUGAGAGUUCUGGAACUAAUCGAGAACUCUGUGGAGGAUGAGGAGGACGCACUAGUGGAUUGGAUCUCCAAGUUCCCGGUGUCAAACACAUCAAUGGAGUCCCUCAUGUUUGACUGUGUUGGUGUCCCGUUCAACUUCGAGGCCCUGGAGGCCCUUGUGGCACGCUCGCCCUCUCUUCGUCGGCUGCGUGUGAACCACCAUGUUUCGGUGGAGCAGCUCCGCCGUCUCAUGGCACGAGCUCCACAGCUCACACACCUUGGCACUGGGUCCUUCCGGUCUGAGGCACCAGAAGGUGGGGGCAUGUCGGUGUCUGAACUUGUGCCCUCUUUCGCUGCCUCCAGGUCUAUUGUCUGCCUCUCAGGUUUCCGUGAGGUCAAUCCAGAAUACCUUCCAGCUAUAUACCCUGUGUGUGGUAACCUCACGUCCCUGAACUUUAGCUUUGCAAGCCUCAAUGCUGAUGAUCUCAUACCAGUCAUUCGCCAAUGCCACAAACUUCAGACGUUCUGGGUUCUUGAUACCGUGGGUGAUGAAGGCCUCCGGGCUGUGGCUGAGACGUGUUCCGAUCUUCGUGAGCUGCGAGUAUUUCCGCUGGAUGCAACUGAGGACUCUGAUGGGUCUGUGUCCGAUGUUGGUCUUCAGGCUAUCUCGGAAGGCUGUCGGAAGCUUGAAUACAUACUUUACUUUUGCCAGCGGAUGACAAAUACUGCUGUCAUAGCUAUGUCUAAGAACUGCCCUGACCUAGUGGUGUUCCGCCUUUGCAUUAUGGGUCGCCGCCGCCCUGAUCGUAUCACUGGGGAGCCCAUGGAUGAAGGCUUUGGCUCAAUAGUGAUGAACUGUAAGAAACUUACUCGUCUCUCUGUCUCUGGUCUUCUCACCGACAAGGCAUUUACAUACAUUGGAAAAUACGGCAAACUAAUAAAGACUCUGUCUCUUGCCUUCUCUGGGGACAGUGAUCUGUCACUUCAGUAUUUGUUUGAGGGAUGCACCAGGUUACAGAAGCUUGAGGUCAGAGAUAGCCCUUUCAGCGAUAAGGGAUUGCUUUCAGGUCUGGAUAGUUUCUACAACAUGAGGUUCCUGUGGAUGAAUUCAUGCAGUCUAACCACGAGGGGUUGUAGAGAGGUAGCUCAGCGGAUGCCUAACUUGGUGGUUGAAGUAAUUAGGGAGCAGGAUGAGAUGGAAACAGAGAAUGUUGAUAAGGUGUACCUCUACCGAUCACUAGCAGGGGCAAGGAGUGAUAAACCUAAAUUCGUGAAAGUUCUGUAGUCAUCUUUUGUCUUCUUGAAGUCUGGGUGCAAUUGGAAGCAGACCUUUCUUAUCCUAUUGACCUGAUCAUGGUGCUUGGUUUCCAUUGUUCCUGAUCGAACUAAUUAGCUGGUUUAGUCCGGAUCAAGUUAACUGGUGCCAGUGGAUGGAGGUUUCCUGCGGAUGGUUUUCAUGGUUUCGCAGGGAACGAUAAUGUGUCAUUCAGUGAAUUGAAGAAGCACAAAUAUGCUUUACCCCUCUUGUCGAAGUUCACUAAUUGCUUUGUUGACGAAGUGCAUUUGCUGCUGAAGGAGUUCUGUAACUUGGUAUAUACGUAUCUUCAUGACCAGCAUCUGCUACAUGAGACAGGUCAAGACAUUGAAAUCAUAAUUCGUCGUUGCACUUCCGCUGAUCCCAGUACUAUUACCUCAUAGAUGAGGAGCAAGUGUAGCAGGUUUUAGAUGGUUUCUUUUCCCUGGAGCCUCAAACAUUGGGUCUCUUUGUUGAAUUUUGCUCUGCUCGUCUAUUCAAAAGGAUCGGUGUUCCGUCAUCGGCUUCAUGUGUUGCCAAUAUCAACUGUGGUAAAAGUUUCACCUUUGUUUGUACUUUGUAGCCUCUGGAUGCUGGUUUUGUACACCUGUGUAGCCCUUUUUUAUCCCUUACUACAUUGUACCUUAUUUUCUGUUCUUAGUCGGAAAACUAGUGGAUGGCUUCAAAUUUUAAUGGCAGCAAUCUUGUUCUUUUAUCCUA